AUGGAUCCCGAACUACAAGCUAUCCGUGAAGCCAGAUUACAAGAACUCAAGCGUCAUUCGGGUGGUUCCGGUGGUGAUUCCAAUAAUGACCAAAAGCCUGCUGGUGAUGCAGUUGCUGCUCUAUUACAACCGCAAGCAUUGGAGCGUCUUUCACGAGUGUCACUCGUUCGUCCAGACCGCGUGCGCGCCGUAGAAGCGUACUUACAACAACUGGCAGCUCGUGGCCAAAUAACGCGCAAAGUAUCGGAGCAAGAAAUCGUUGAGGUUCUGAAUGGUGUGGCCCGAGACGAAAACCGGAAAAACUCUACCAAGAUCAUUUUCGAUCGUCGGGAUGAGGUGCAUCACAAUGCAAAGGACAGUCAUGGACACGUGACUGGAGGUACGAAUGACGACGAUGAUGAUGAUGACGAUUUUUUCGAUUAG